CGAAGGCCAUCACGCAUGCCUGCGUAGGAGCCCUUCGAACAACAAGCAGUGAAUCUGGUUUCUCGAAUAUUUUGGUACAUUUGAGAGGGUCCUCUCUGUUGUAAUUCAUUAUUCAAGCUCCAGUCUACACUGUUAUGUUUUCUGGAGUGGUAAUGAACGCAUUGAAUUACUGUCAACGGACAGAAUGGAUGAGGAAAUUACAGAAAGCAGCGCCAAUCGACAAGGCUUUGAUAAUCCAGUAGAUGCCUCUAAUUCACCAGACACUAAGGUCUAUCCACGUCCGAUUGCUUUGGUUUCACCAACUAGACAAUCGCUACUUUUUCAGCCCAGAAUGAUACCAUUUCAUGCAGGGCAACAAGUUUAUACAAGCCUAUCUGCGCCUUGCCUUACUCAAGCMAGUGUAUUUUACUCUACACACUACAUACCCCCUUCCCAUCUUGCYAUUGCACCUCCUCGAGGAGGCUAUGUGGGAGGCAUGCCUCCUUUAAUGCCAAUGCAGGGUAAUUCAUCAAGACCAAGYGUMGUCCAACUAUCUCAYCGMAAGAGAAAGUCCUCAAAUGACUCGGAGYUUUCUGAAGGAGAGGURUCCAGGCAUUCUAGAAGCUCUGUAGGGAGUCCAGAGGAGCUUAUUGUCAAGCCAGAGGAAUCAUCGAUGGAAUACAAUGAUAUAAGCCCUCCUGCUACUCCAUUAUCAUCAGUGUCUUCMCCAGGGCAAAAGAUGGUCAAUUCGCCACAGUCCCCUUCAGUAGGUUCAUCACAAAUUAAUGACAUUUGCGGGAUUUGCGGCGAUAAAGCRACAGGACACCAUUAUGGUGUGUCAAGCUGCGAGGGUUGUAAAGGAUUUUUUAAGAGGAGUGUUCAAAAUAAGAAGGUUUAUACAUGUCGGAACUUGACAAAGGACUGUCCAAUGGACAAGAGACAUAGAAACAGGUGUCAGUACUGCAGGUUUCAAAAACAAGUGAAGCAACCAGCAAAGAAACAUUUAAAUUACCCCAAACCAUUCAACAUAUUUGAUGGUGUUGACACUUGUAUCAGUCUGUGA